AUGUCAAUCAUCUUGUUACAGACCCUGAGACAGACAGAGAAAGAGAUACGGCUGUCAAUCAUCUUGUUACAGACCCUGAGACAGACAGACAAAGAGAUACGGCUGUCAAUCAUCUUGUUACAGACCCUGAGACAGACAGACAAAGAGAUAAGGCUGUCAAUCAUCUUGUUACAGACCCUUAGACAGACAGAGAAAGAGAUAAGGCUGUCACUCAUCUUGUUACAGACCCUGAGACAGACAGACAAAGAGAUAAGGCUGUCAAUCAUCUUGUUACAGACCCUGAGACAGACAGACAAAGAGAUAAGGCUGUCAAUCAUCUUGUUACAGACCCUGAGACAGACAGACAAAGAGAUAAGGCUGUCAAUCAUCUUGUUACAGACCCUUAGACAGACAGAGAAAGAGAUAAGGCUGUCAAUCAUCUUGUUACAGACCCUGAGACAGACAGACAAAGAGAUAAGGCUGUCAAUCAUCUUGUUACAGACCCUGAGACAGACAAGACAAAGAGAUACGGCCGUCAAUCAUCUUGUUGUAGACCCUGAGAGACAGACAGAGAAAGAGAUACGGCUGUCAAUCAUCUUGUUACAGACCCUGAGACAGACAGAGAAAGAGAUACGGCUGUCAAUCAUCUUGUUACAGACCCUGAGACAGACAGAGAAAGAGAUACGGCUGUCAAUCAUCUUGUUACAGACCCUGAGACAGACAGAGAAAGAGAUAAGGCUGUCAAUCAUCUUGUUACAGACCCUGAGACAGACAGAGAAAGAGAUAAGGCUGUCAAUCAUCUUGUUACAGACCCUGAGACAGACAGAGAAAGAGAUAAGGCUGUCAAUCAUCUUGUUACAGACCCUGAGACAGACAGAGAAAGAGAUAAGGCUGUCAAUCAUCUUGUUACAGACCCUGAGACAGACAGAGAAAGAGAUAAGGCUGUCACUCAUCUUGUCAUGCAUCCUUAGACAGAUAGAGAGAUCCAGGGCCACAUAUACACCAGAGAGAGAGAGUUGAGAAUUGGCAAAGCUGGUGUCCCUGUUCUUAAAAGUCUUGUAAAACUUAUCACCAGCAUCACUGUAUAUCUCUCUCUUCUUAAAUGUCUCUGGUUCCCAUCACGACCAUUUCCCAAGGCCAGCGAGAAGUGUGAAAACAAGUGAUUUUAUUGCCGUUAAGAGAGUUACGUAAUACUGGAAAGGAAAGUGUGUGGAUAAGAAAAGAGGAGGAGGACCUAAGAAGCAAUACGAAGCGUUAUAGGUCCAAAGAAGAAGAAGCUUGUUGGUCCUGUUCAUGGUGUGGAAGCCGUGUAAACCUAUCAAGCAUGCGAAUCCCAGCACCUUGACGAGAGGCUUUCCUUGGGGCUCCUAUUACGACUAUUCUCAAAGGCCACAAGGAAGAUUAGCCGGGUUUUCAUGGGUGUGGUUUACUGUUCGUGGAUUGGAAGACAUGUAAACCUAUCACCAGGGUCACAAAACGGUCCAUGCGAAUCCCAGCACCUUGACGAGAGGCUUUUCAAUCUGGCAAACUGAGGAGCUAUUAAGUUUAACCCAGUAGCAGCGGGGAUCAUGUUUCCUAAUGGUCCCUCCAAGCGAGAAAAAUGAGAAAAAAAUGAUCACUCACGCAAACCAUUUCAUAAUAUAUAUCAACGCAUUUGUGAUCAGUUUAUGCAUCAUCUAUUUUGGGGGUUAUUUCAUGGCACAAAUUUGGCCCGUCGCUGGUACACGGUAAACCCACAAAUUUGGCCCAUCGCUGCUACACGGUAAAGCCACAAAUUUGUCCCGUCGCUGCUACACGGUAAAGCCACAAAUUUGUCCCGUCGCUGCUACACGGUAAAGCCACAAAUUUGUCCCGUCGCUGCUACACGGUAAAGCCACAAAUUUGUCCCGUCACUGCUACACGGUAAAGCCACAAAUUUGGCCUGUCGCUGCUACACGGUAAAGCCACAAAUUUGUCCCGUCACUGCUACACGGUAAAGCCACAAAUUUGGCCCGUCACUGCUACACGGUAAAGCCACAAAUUUGGCCCGUCGCUGCUACACGGUAAAGCCACAAAUUUGGCCCGUCGCUGCUACACGGUUAAGAAUACAGACAAGGUUCGCACGUAGAUAAAAAAAGCAUAGAGAGACUGAUAGAUAAGAUAGACUGUAGAAGAUUCACAAAAGAUAGUUGGAGGCACAUCACUGACCAACCUGAAAAAGGAGAAUGUUAAACAGACAACGAUUGGUGAAGAUAACAGAAGAAAACAAUUGUAAGGGUGAACUCUCACAAAACAAACCUUCGUAAAGUGUGGGAAACCUGUACACAACCUGACCUUGCUGUAGACAAGUUUGGAGAGCCGAGGUUACAUUAGUGCUUGUCGGGGUGAGGGUCAUCCAGGGCACUUCUCUUACUUCCUGUUCACUCUUGUAAUCUUUCAGUGUUUGUUAGUGUUGUAAGGUUAGGUUAAGGGCCAGUUUUGUCUUGUUAUACCUCCCUAGGAACAGAGAGAGAGAGAGAGAGAGAGAUGAGAAUAUGCUAGAGAAAGACAGAGAGAUAUCCUGUCUACAUAAUCACACAACAUUCACAUAAACAGACAGCAGAGUGAUAUGUGCUAGACAGAGACACAGAGACAGAGGGAGAUCCAGGUUAUAGAAAUAUUGACAAGAUACCCAGACAAAAAAAACAUAGAGAUGGACUAUGGAAGAUUAGCAAGAGAUAGAAUUAAAAAGACCAGCGACAGAAAAUAACAGGACACAUAUUAGUAUACAAGAGUGUUUGAACCUCUCUAAAGCAGCAAGGUAGACAGACAGACAACAUGGAAGAUUAGCAAGGCAGAGAAUUAAAAAGAACAGGUCACAUGUUAGUAUACAAGAGAGUGUUUGAACCUCUCUAAAGCAGCGAGGUAGACAGACAGACAACAUGGAAGAUUAGCAAGGCAUAGAAUUAAGAACAGGUCACAUGUUAGUAUACAAUAGAGUGUUUGAACCUGUCUAAAGUAGAGUUAGACAGGCAGACAACAAGCACAGCGAUACAUUGGAAAUACUUACGAUAGUUUUUUAAUAAUUUCCGAGAUAGAGAAUCGUAACACACACACCAGAGAGACAUAGAAACAAAUGAUAUCGAUAGAACACAAAAAAGACAGAGAAUCCAAACACACAGAGGUAGAUACAGAGGUAGAUUGGCAGAUAACAUACAAAACAAUACACUGGAAAUACUUACGAUAGUUUUUAAUAAUUUCAGAGAUAGAGAAUCGUAGAACACACACACCAGAGAGACAUAGAAACAGGUUGAAGAAAUGAUAUCUCAGAACACAAGAAAGACAGAGGUAGAUACAGAGGUAGAUUGGCAGAUAACAUACAAAACAAUACACGGGAAAUACUUACGAUAGUGUUUUUAAUAAUUUCAGAGAUAGAGAAUCGUAGAACACACACACCAGAGACACAUAGAAGCAGGUUGAAGAAAUGAUAUCUCAGAACACAAGAAAGACAGAGGUAGAUACAGAGGUAGAUUGGCAGAUAACAUACAGAACGAUAUACCGGAAAUACUUACGAUAGUUUUUUAAUAAUUUCCGAGAUAGAGAAUCGUAGAACACACACACCAGAGAGACAUAGAAACAGGUUGAAGAAAUGAUAUCUCAGAACACAAGAAAGACAGAGGUAGAUACAGAGGUAGAUUGGCAGAUAACAUGCAGAACAAUACACGGGAAAUACUUACGUUAGUGUUUUUAAUAAUUUCCGAGAUAGAGAAUCAUAGAACACACACACCAGAGAGACAUAGAAACAGUUUGAACAAGUGAUAUCGAUAGAACACAAAACAGAGAAAUAGAACACACGAGGGAAAUAGAUGAACAGAGAGAUAGAGAAAUAGAUGGAUCACACAGACACAAAUAAAUCAAUAGAACACAUCAGAAAGAUAAGAUAUUGGGCACUCAAGAAAUAGGUCCGUCAGAAAACAAAGAGACAGGUUAGAACACACAAGGAAAACAGAGACUAACACAACAUAACAUACAAGGAAGAACACAUUUAACGUUCAAUCCGUUCUAAAGCCACGCGUUCGACAUCUUAAAGGAAGUUCACAACCACAAGAGAACGACCGCAAAAAAAGCAAGCGUGUGUGUGUGUGUUUGUGCGUCCGUGUUCUCGUAUGUGCGUUUCCGAGGCACUGGGCGACAUUGCAACUAUUUCGUCUAACUGUCCGAGCACUAUUCUUGUUGAGGGCUUCAGUGUGGCGUCCUUAUUUAAACACCUUUGAUAUAUCUAUGUAAUGUCAUGUUCGUCCUUCUGCAUACUACUACUACUACUACUACUACUACUACUACUACUACUACUACCAAUAUCAUACAGACUAAAUAUCAUUCCACUUCAUUCCCUCCUUGUUUCGUUCUCCUUCUCUCUUUUUCUUUCCACAGCUAUCCACUCUAUCAUUCCUCUCUCUCAGGUCUUCUACGGCGAGUUCGUUAGCUUGUCAGGCAUUCCACGGUCUCACACGGCACUGGUCUUUGCAUUCCACCUCCGCUAUCCACUUCAUUCCCUCUGUUUCGUUCUCCUUCUCUCUUUCUCUUUCCACAGCCAUCCACUCUAUCAUUCCUCUCUCUCAGGUCUUCUACGGCGAGUUCGUCAGCUUGUCAGGCAUUCCACGGUCUCACACGGCACUGGUCUUUGCAUUCCACUUCCGCCAGAAUCAGGGACCACUUCCGAGCAUUCCACGGCGCGUUAAGCAAUGUAACUCAUUCCAUAUAUUUCUUUCAAUUACUCUGUACGUUUCUUAGUGGUGUGUCUGCGUUUCAUGUCAAAUUAAACCUCCAAAACAUCGCUUA